UUGGCACCUCCGGAUGAUUCCAGAGCACUUCUCUUUUAUCUUUUUCUCUCCACCAUAUGUACCUGCACGCGUCUUAUGCAUCGCAAAGUGUUCGUUCUCUUGCUUCGUUGCCUAUGCGCCAAAUGUCCCCGUCCUCGCAUGAAACCCACCAAGAAUUACAAUCCUCGCAUAAAAUUGGAUUUAGGACUCCCUAUAUAAGAGACUCCUUUGCUCUCAACGUGUUGCACCAUUCCACAAGAGACAAGAAAACAUCCGCGACACCCUCCAUUAAUCACAAUCAUUGAAGCAGUCAUGUCUCUGUCCAAGGUUUUGGCUUGUUUGCUCCUUUCCCUCCUCGUUCUCCAUCUGCUGGUUGAAGCAGCUGAUGCUACGCAAGAGGUGAGCGCGGAUUCGGUGGCAACUUCUGCCGCCAAAAAGAUAGAUUGUGGAGUGGCUUGCGCCGCCAGGUGCCGGUUGGCAUCGAGGCAGAAGAUGUGCAAGAGGGCAUGCGGGACCUGCUGUGCCCGUUGCAAUUGUGUGCCACCGGGGACCGCCGGUAACCGGGACGUGUGCCAUUGCUACGCCACCAUGACUACUCAUGGAGGCAGACUCAAGUGCCCUUAAUUUAGUUAAGCAUCUCCGUGGAUUUCGUAUCAUCUUGAUGGAUAUAUGUUGCCGAGAAUAAAGAAUAUAAUUGAUCA